CAAGCGGUUCUCUCAUUUCUGUGCUGUCUCUGGUUAAAAUCUGACCCAUUACGUAUUUACUGACACAGUGAUGCGAAUUUUCACAGCGGCGCUCCAUUUGCACGGCAAUGCACUAUUUGGAUGGAUAUAACCUCUCCUCCACCCUACCAGUCUGAAUUGUUUCCCCUUUCUUUUUUAUCUUUCAAGCCAACAGUCAGUCCGUCCUUUCUAUUCCAACAGUUAGCUUCUAUCGUGUGGCGAGAGGGAAAUAUCGGAUUUUCUCCUCAGUUGUUUAAGUAACGGUGAACGUGAGGGAAACUUCAAGUUUUGAGUUUGGACGUUCACUGAUAAGAAAAAAAGUAGCUAACUCAGCAUGGCACGGAAUUGCUACCGAAAUCACAUCUUCUUUCAGCUAUUUGGAUGCUUGACUUGCUUAACCAUCACUUCCGUUCGCGCAGAUGGUCGUGUCUUCCUGCUGGAGUCCGGUAAUGUGACAGACGUGGGCAAUGAGAGGCUGGCAAAGGGCACGUGCAGUUCACAGGGUGCCCGUCUGGCUUCCGCGGACGAGCUGCGGCACGCUGUGACCGAGUGUUCCUUCAGUGUCUGUGCCCGCGGAUGGCUAGCUGGCCCCAGCAUCGGGACUAUAGUAUGCACCAAUGUGGGAGGUGGUCAGAAGGGCAUGAAAGUGAUGGAUGUGAUCGUUGAGAACGCCACUGCUGUCAGCCGCCACCUGGACGUGUUCUGCAUCAAAGACAAAGAUGAUCCAUGUGGAGACCCGCCCUCCUUCCCGCACACCACCCUUCAGGGGCACACCGGGUUCGAGAUGGGGGAUGAGCUUCUGUACACCUGCAUUCCAGGCUACGUCAUGCCCAAUGGCCGCACUGCCUUCAGCCUGCUGUGCGACAGCUGUGGGGUGUGGUACGGCCUGGUCCAGCUCUGCAUCAAAGAUGAAACAGAGGCCCACAUCGAUUAUGAGGACAAGUUUCCUGAUGAGACCCAUGUCUUCAAGGACCCGGAGGAGGAUGAGGAGGGAGACCCCGAGGGGGCCCAUUUCAGCAAUGGCGCACAUGAUGGAGUGGAGCUGGAGCAUGCUGUGCAUAGGGGCGUGGAACAGGAGGGCGUGGCUCAUGAAGAUCUCGACUAUGAAGGCAUGGAGCAGGACCGUGCAGAUCAUGAAGCAGCAGACUAUGGGGUGGUCCAAGAAAGUGAGCCUGACAAAGACCUAGACUACGAAGGUGUUGAACAGAAGAGCGUGGCCGUAGAAGGCCUGGACCAUGAGGGUGAGCAGCAGCAGGAUGUGACCCAUGAGGGGAUUGGGCAGGAGGGUGUAGAACAGGAGCUGGGUGACAGGCCUGAGGAGGUGUCCAUGACCGAAAAUGAGGCCCAGCAGGAGGGAGGAGUGGAGGGGAACAGAGACAUGGUGGAGGAUGAGGUCGAGGAGGUGGAGGAUUCAACAGACAGGGGGGAUCAGCAGCCCACCACGGUCACUGACGCUCCAGUGUCCCUGCUCAGCCAGAAGCACCUCUUCUGGUUCCCUUCUGAUACCUUCCAUGAAGAGGAGGCACCUGAAGACACAGAUGAACCGGCCGCUGCGGAAACAGACAGCGUCCCUGCUGAGGGUGACAAUCACAUUGGGCUGAAGCCUUCGGAAAGCGACACGGGAGGUGUGACCGUCCCCCAGGAACUGGAUGACUUUGACGUUGGCCUUCCCACCGGACAGCCACAAAACGGAACCAGGGGGGAAGCAGGGGAGACCAUAACCACCAGCGAUGAAUCCUGGUUGGACGGGUACCCCAUCACCCAGGAGGCUGAGGAGGAUGGAGACGAGGGGGAGAAGAUUGGCUCCACAGGGGCUGGGGAGGAAGAACAGGAGGAUGAGGAGGAGGAGGAGGUUGACCCGGUGACAGAUAGCCCCAACCACGUGGAAAUAAGCCAACCCGACGCCUCUAGUUCUGUUCCGUCUGACGACGUCACGCAGAUUGUGGCCUCCCCGACCCGCCCGGUGGACUACGGCAUCAAGCACAAACCCGCGGCCUUAACACCCACCUCCCCUCCAGAGAACGUCAGCAGCAGUGCGGAGGAUGUGGAGCCAGAGCUGACCACUGCUCCUUCUGCAGUGGAACAGACUGAAGCCACCACCACUGCCACCGACGGUGCCGUUGCCCCCGAUUUUGCCAUCCUGGAUCGAGAUGCUGCUGUGGCCCCCACAGCUCCCUGGGAAACCACUGCGAGCCUCUACCCCUUCCUGGACCACCUGCCGGGCCCCACAGAUCAGGAGGACGUUACCGUCCCAUAUCAAGAUCAUCAGGAGAGCGCUACUGAGUCGCCUGACGAGUUCCCUGGAACCAGCCUGCACGACGAGCGCAUGGAGAGCAACCUGACUCAGGAAGGGACCGGAGCGAAACUCCUGCCCACCGGCGAGCCCUGCCUCGGGGACGCGUGCCCCUCGGGGGUGGGCAGGGGGCCUGUCAUUGCCAUAAUCAUCGUGGCCAUCUGCGCCUUGAUAAUGGCCACCGCAUUGGCCGUGUGGUGCUACAAGAAGAGGCAGCAGAAAAGCUCUGUCUACAAGAUGAACGGGAAGGGUCAGAUUAGACAUCCCCAGCAGAUGGAGAUGCAGCAGAAGGUUUAACUUCUUCAGCUGUGACUUUUAGGGAUCGUCCAACACCAUGUGUGUUGCUUAGCUUGUCUGCGUGUUUGUUUUUGGGGGUAUGGUGGGGGGCAAACACCAAAGGAAUAUCAGCUCUAGAGGAAACCAUACAUUUGACUCUUUUCUUUAGAGACAGAGAACUUUGUGGUACAGAGAAUUUGUUUGUUUUUUUGUUCAUUUGUGACACUAAUUGACUUUGUGUUGCUGUUUCCUUGUGAUGUUUUAUUUGUUUUGUUUAUUGUUCUUUUUUGUCAUUGUGUGUUAUUUUGACGAUCAUUGUUGUCACAAAAUUGUGUUGCCAAGGUUUUUAUGCCCAUCCAAACACAAAAUCAAUUAAGUAUGAAACACUGGGCUAGCACAGCAACUGAUAAUCCACACUACUGUGAAACAGAAUCUGAGCAGGGUAGCCUUUCAGUACAAGCACAAUACUUCCUAUGGAGGGCAGGGACCUUGGUAAACUCAUUUUGAUUCCACAGCAUGAAAAUGUUUUUUAUAAAUGUAUUUCUUGUUGGACAGGGUUCCAUUAACCUUUGGAAAUCAGUUACCAGCAGUCUAUUUUUCAGGAUCCAAUUUCAAAACCCACACAACCUAUCCCAUAAUCCAUUUGUCUGAGACAAAACUGAUAUUUUUUCAGUGUGAGAGCACAUCAUAUGACAAUACAACUAACGCAUACACGUAACUAGUUUCGUUUGCAGUAAUCUUGACGCCUCUCCACUGUAGCUUUCAUAGGAAAUAUGAAUAUGUGAAUGUAAUGCAUAUGUUCAGGCAGUAGGAGAGCAGACUCUUUCUUUACAUUGUUCAAAUUAGAUUGUUUUUGUUUGGCGAAGAUGCCGCUAGCGUGAUGAAUUAAGUUUGAUUUAUGAGAAGCAGACUCAGCUGGAAUCAGCGCCAGGGCUGGAGGGACGAUCUCGCCUACGUGCGGAGAACUGGUGGUCGCAGGCGAGUGAGACAUGGGCAGGCACAGGUCUCUGGGCUACACAGGAGACUGCGUUUCAAAUAAAUACCUUAGUGAUUUGAGCCUGAACUGAACCGGCACAAAGCAUAGGCUCCCAGGUACUUAAGUAAAAAAGUAAAAAGAGGGAAAGUAAAAUGGGCAGAAAACAAGUGAAGAUGAAGAAGUGUAAAAAUGUACACAUUUCUACACAAAUGUGUGAGUUCCAACUGUAACUUGAAUAUCAUCUUGAAUGGGCAUUUCAAUUGCUGUUUUUUCAUGAAGAAGGGUCUGUUCAUUGUAAUCACGAAGAAAAAAACCUAAUGAUACUUAAAACCAUAAAAGCAUUGGCGGUAUUUCAGGAGACACUUAUUCAUUUUUAUUUCAGUUAUUAAAUAAAAACAGAUAAGAAAAACAAACAUAUCCUUUAAGACACUU